CACGCGCGGAUUUAGUGCACGACAGAACCAGAUUGUCAUCAAACCUCAAGGUGCGCUGUUCGGUUACGAGAGAAGCUAUGUGCAUAUAUAUUACUGUCGAUGCAAAGAAACCUAGAAGGCUUAAUGUGGCAUCGACCUUUUAACGUUGCUGGAGCCCAAAAGAUGCCUUCGUUAGCCAUGUCUUCAUUAACAAGCAACACCGAUACUUCGGAAACCCCAAAGCAAGGAUCGCUUAACGGCUCUGACUUUCAGGACUUGUUCGAUACAUACAAAAACCCUCCUAUUUCGAAGAACUAUUACUGGCUUGGCAAACGAAUUUUUGAGCAAAUGCUCGCAGAAAAGAUCUUCCGUGAUUCUGCGGUCGCUCAAAACAGUGAUGAUCUGGAUGAGAGCCUGGUUCAAGCGAUUUUUCAGUACCCAUAUCGCGAACAGCUCGAACAUAUUCAACCGACAUCGUCAUUCAAGGCCUGUUUCCUGGAAACCGAGAAACAUGUGAAUUACUUUCGAGCCUUUGUUACGGGGCUUGCCGCAGCAUUUCUGCAAAGCAAUACAGAAGGACGACUGCGCCUCGCUUCCAUCGUUCAAGGUGGCGUUCAAGGUCGUCAUCGACCGAUCCCCCCUGGUCCGGUAAUGCAGUCGUAUAGCACACCGGCAGGAGCGAAUCGACAGUCAACGAACAGUGCGUCCAUUAGCGAUGGAAAUACUCCCAUGGAGCGUGCCCGCUACACGACUGCUCUGAAAGAGUAUGGAGAUCAAAGUGGGGCUGACGUGAGAUGGGUAGACAGGCAGGUAUCGGUAGCACCGCUCUGCUGGCAGGUCUCUGCGAUGGCGGAUGACCAGAUGUUCCGGGCUACGGCGAGUAGUAAAAGAGACGCCAGACAUCGAGCUUCGCAAAUGGCAUGUGAGGCACUCGGAAUAGAUAUCUAG